CUGUGUACCGGAAACAACAUGGUUGUUGUGGUAGUCGCUAUCACAGCAGUCACCUGUCAAAAGGAAAAUAUACAUUUUAACAAGGCGAUUCUGGCCACGGGGUUGAAGGCGGUGGUAAAGAUUGUCAUCACCAUGUUUUGAAGAUAUUGAUGAAAGAAUCUGUGCUGCGAAUGAAAGACGGACUUUGUUUUAUUUGGACGAAACACCGUAGAUAGCGCUUAGCUAAUGUGUUAGCUGGCUAGCUAACUCAGAGCUGGUCACUCUGUCAACAAGUUGUGCCAAGCAUGGACUGCGCUGCGCUGGAGCUCGAUGCGGUCAAAUUUGCCAAAACAGCUGUGACCUAUGAUCAGAAUGGAAAAUACAACGAGGCUGUGUUUUACUAUAAGGAAGCAGCCCAGGCCCUAAUAUAUGCGGGCAUGGCGGGAUCGAAGCUGGAGGGAAUCCAGGACAAAGUGAACGAAUACUUGGAUCGGGUCCAGGCACUUCACAAUGCAGUCCAGGCCCAGAAGAGCGACCCACUGAAGUCCUGGCAGCAGGUGGACCUUGAGCGAGCUCACUUCCUCGUCACUCAGGCCUUUGAGGAAGAUGAGAAAGGAAAUGAUGAUGAAGCCAUUGAACUCUACACUCAGGCUGUGGAGCUGUGCAUUAAGACGUCCAAUGAAACACCAGACCAGGCGCUGCAGACAAAACUGAAGCAGCUGGCACGUCAAGCUCUAGACAGGGCGGAGGGUCUUAAAGAAUCUCAGUCUAAAUCAGUUCAAGCACAGGCUCAGGAAAGGACGGGGCCCCCUGGGGCCAAGGGCAUCGCUGGUGGCAGUUCUGGGGGACCCGUCCGGCAGUUUUUCCCGCUUGGGCCAGACUUUAGCAUCCACGACCGGCCUCAGCCAAUUCGUGCGGUCCAGUCCAGUGAACCCCAAGGUCAGCGCUAUACUUCUGAGGAGAUCGAGGUGCUGAGGAGUACAUCCACAGUCAAUGGCAUAGCCUAUGUGCCGUUUAUGAGCGUGGACCUGAAGGAGCGAUUCGCCUUUCCUGUCCCUUUCUCUUUUGUUCUUCUACUUCCUCCAACCAGGGACAAAGCAGGUAAACUGGCACUGUCACCCAAACAGAAGGCCAUCUUCUCCCGUUGGGUCCGGCCCGAUGAGAUCUGCAAUAACCCCACCAUGAUCAUGUCUGUGUCCAGCUUCAGUAUCAAGCAGACGGUGGUUUCUGACUGUUCCUUUGUGGCUUCUCUAGCCAUCAGCGCUGCCUACGAGAGGCGCUACAAUAAGAAACUUAUCACCAGCAUCAUCUACCCUCAGAACAGACGAGGGGAGCCUGAGUAUAACCCAUGUGGGAAGUACAUGGUGAAGCUCCACAUCAACGGCGUUCCCAGGAAGGUGAUCAUAGACGACUACCUCCCGGUGGAUCGUAACGGAGAGCUGCUGUGCUCUUACUCCAGCAACAGGAACGAGCUGUGGGUCUCCUUGAUAGAAAAGGCCUACAUGAAGGUGAUGGGAGGCUAUGACUUCCCUGGAUCCAACUCUAAUAUUGAUCUACAUGCUCUGACUGGGUGGAUUCCUGAACGCAUCGCUAUGCACUCUGACAAUCAAUCAUUCAGCAAAGACGACAGCUUCCGCAUGCUCUUUCAGAGGUUUCAUAGGGGUGAUGUCCUCAUCACCACGGCCACAGGAGUAAUGACUGAGGAAGAAGGAGAAAAGUGGGGUUUAGUGCCAACACAUGCGUAUGCUGUUCUUGACAUCAGGGAACACAAGGGAAUGCGUUUCCUUCAGCUGAAGAAUCCAUGGAGUCAUUUGCGGUGGAAGGGGCGCUACAGUGAGCGGGACGAAAAGAACUGGACCCCUGAACUCCUCAAAUACCUCAACUUUGACCCCAAGACAGCGCAGAAGUUCGAUAAUGGUGUUUUCUGGAUCGCAUGGGAGGACCUGUGUCAGUACUAUGAUGUCAUUUACCUGAGCUGGAGUCCUGCACUAUUCAAAGAGUCCUCCUGCAUCCACAGUAGCUGGGAUGGGAAGCAGGGCCCAGUGAAGGAUGUCUACAGUCUGGCCAACAAUCCCCAGUACAAGCUGGAGGUUCACUGCCCAGCAGGGGGCGCUGCGGUGUGGGUGUUACUCACCAGGCACAUCACUGACAAGGAUGAUUUUGCACAAAACAGAGAGUUUAUCACACUGGUGGUUUACAAGACGGACGGGAAGAAGGUUUAUUACCCAGCCGACCCGCCUCCUUACAUCGAUGGCAUCCGCAUCAACAGCCCGCACUACCUGACCAAGAUGCGUCUGACCAGCGCUGGCACACACACCUUCACGCUGGUCGUCUCCCAGUACGAGAAGCAGAACACCAUCAACUACACGCUGCGGGUUUACGCCGGGUGCAAAUUCACAUUUUCAAAGAUCCCGAGUCCUUUUACUGCCACCAAAAGGAUCAACGGCCAGUGGAAAGGUCUCAGUGCCGGAGGAUGUGGCAACUAUAAGGACUCGUACAAACACAACCCCAUUUAUCAGAUGAACCUGGAGAGGUCAGGACCGCUGCUCAUCGAGCUCCGAGGAUCCAGGCAGUACAGCGUUGGUUUUGAGAUGGUGACGGUGUCGACGGUGGGGGAUCCGGGCCCGGCAGCUUUUCAGAAGAAGAGCAGUGGCGACUACAGAUGUGGUUUCUGUUACUUGGAGCUGGAACAUGUCCCAGCAGGCAUCUACAACGUCAUCCCCACCACCUUCUUACCCAAACAGGAAGGGCCUUUCUUCCUGGACUUUGGCAGCACUUUGCCCCUGAAGGUCUCUCAACUCCAGUGAGGAGAGAGGGGAUCAACAACAUCCGUAAAACCCAAAGAGCCCCGAGUGGGACUGCUCACACCACGUUGAUGCGCCAUCUCAAGCAACCUGUCUUCGCUCUACAGAAUCAAUCACUGCUGUGAACUUCAAUCCCAAAGACAUAAUAAUAAGAUGCCAAACAUCAAACGACACACACACAGUAAUUCCAGUGGUCCCAUAAUAGACUGUAUGUACCUCCACCACACAGACAAGUAGCAUCUCAUCUAGUUUAAUUGGAUGACGCAGGAAUUAAAAGAUUUAUAUGAACAUCAGUCUCCAUCUGCAAAAUGUGGCUCAGUCUCACAGCGACAGUGAAAGGGAAGUGUCCACGUGCACAAAGCCAGGUUUUCUAUUUUGCUGUGGCAGAAUUUGACUGACCAGCAUGUAGCUCAAAUCCUCAACCACUGAAUCAGUGAUCACAGAAUCAGUGCUGAACUUUGGUGUUGUGGCUGAAAGGGAUCAAAUCCCUGCACAUUCCUGCAUCUCUUGCACAUACGUACAGUUUGGGGGGAAUGUUCAAGUUAAACCUCAUAGUGUUUGAGUUUUACUGCUGGAUAAAAGCAGCCCAGGGACUGGAUCAUUUUUCCAGACAGUCGUGUAGAGAUGGCCAGGAAGCACCGGCCAGUCGUUCAGGGCACAGCUGGCAGCAUGUGUGCUAGAUUCACGUCCAUCAAAAGCAAACAUGCAGAGAGAAAAGGAAUGAGUGGGUCAGCAGACACCUGGGGCCAGGUGAUGUCAGUCAGUCUUAGUUGUAGGUUUUCUCAAAUGCCCUUGAAGGUUAUUUUCUAUCUCAGGAGCACAGCAGCACCACAGGGAAUUUGCUAUGGCAGCAGGUGAAUGACGUCACGAUGUCUGGAUGUAACAGCUGAGACACUCACAUCAGCGCUGGGACAGGAACCACACAACGUGUGUUCAUGUUUGUCUGCAACCUUAACGGGUCUUUGUUUUGCCUGUACACGUCUUCUCUUUACUCCUUUUGGUUUGUUAGCACUUUUUAAAAAGCAUUUCUCCAUUUGAUUAUUGUCAAACACAAUGCAUGAAAACAUUAGCAUCACAUGGAAGCAGUGAGUCACAGUCAGAGGCCGUUGUGUUGCAGUAAUCAGUCAUCCUUCAGCACCAUAUAACGAGCCCAUCGUUACAGGUGGGAGCAGAAACCGCUCUGAAGGACGAAAGUGGCCUUCAGCCAAUGUCCUUCAGCCUGAAGGUACUGGAAGGUGGUGAAACUUUUCUACUAAGAAGAAGAAAUCCAGAUGGCGUGACUCAACCUUCAGUUCAGCUCCAAGUAAAAUCAUUCUGAGAAUGAAAGUGUCCACAGUUUGUCUAAAUAAUCUGAGCUCUCCGGUACCAAACACGUCAACUUCCUGACAACUGCGUCUUAAAACCUAAGGUGUGAUUACUGCAGGAAGCUGACCUUCAGUGAACACGUAACCUGUCAUCAGUCGGGCUGGUCAUCGAUGCUCUAAAACCAAAAGCUGCUCUAAGCAAAGGUCAGGCCUCCGUUGCAGCAACAUUCAUCUACAAAGUUUAGUUAUUCUCAUUAAAUUCAUCAUUGUAUUCAAUAAACACAUUUUUUAUUUGUCCUGAUGAA